AUGGAAACAUUACAUUCAAACAUCACAAAACCAUAUCUCCUCACACUUCUCCUCCUCCUCCUCCUAACCUCAAACCCUAAAAUCUCAUGCUCAAAAGUCCCCAAAUCCUACACAAACUUCAUCAAGAAAUCUUGCAACUCCACCACGUACCCCACCGUUUGCACUAAGACCCUCUUCCGAUACGCGGCCGCCGUUAGGGCCAACCCUUUCAGGCUGUGCACGGCCGCCCUCUCAGUGGCCACUCAAUCGGCCCGCGACUGCUCAGCCAUUGUCACGGGCCUCGCGGCCCGCAAGGACGUGUCCCGGCCCGAAGCCCGGGUGUUGAAGGACUGCAUGUGGGGCCUCAAGGACGCGGUGUACCAGCUGAGGCGGACUGCUGGGGCCAUGGCCCAAUUGGGUGGGGCUGACCGGGAGUUCCAAUGGGGCAACGCCAAGACUUAUGCGAGUGCGGCCAUCACAGAUGCUGACACGUGCGUGGAUGGGCUUUUUGAGGGCCGGAAAGUGGGCCGGGCCAUGAGGAGCAGGAUUAAGGGUUGCGUAUCGGAUGUGGAGAGGCGGAUCAGUAAUGCACUCUAUCUUAUCAACCAUUUGUAUUGA